AUGGAACCAAUACUCUACCAGUCUGCAGCUAAAAUACUGCCGCUUGGGGCAGGAAGCGAAGUAGGCCGGUCCUGCGUGGUCGCUAAGUUCCGCGGGGUCACUAUUAUGUUUGACUGCGGUGUGCAUCCAGCGCACACGGGCGUGUCGUCUCUUCCGUUCUUCGAUCUUAUUGACCCGGCGGAGAUUGAUGCGAUUCUUAUAACACACUUCCAUCUAGACCAUGCGGGAGCCCUUCCGUACUUCACAGAAAGAAGCUCGUUCAAGGGAAAGGUUUUUAUGACGCACCCAACGCGUGCCAUAUUCCGAUGGCUGCUGAACGACUAUGUGAGGGUGUCCAAUGUCUCAUCAGACAACGAUUUGUUUACUGAGAAGGAGCUUUCGCAGUGCUACGAAAAGAUAAUACCAAUUGACUACGGACAAGAGAUUAAAAUCAAAAAUGCCACUGUGAUCGCAUACAAUGCAGGGCACGUCCUGGGCGCAGCCAUGUUUUUGGUGAAGAGCGCCGACACGUCUCUUCUGUAUACAGGCGACUACUCUACAGAGGAAGACCGGCAUUUGAAGGCGGCGGCAGUUCCGCCGGUCGCUGUGGACAUUCUUAUUUCCGAGGCUACGUACGGCGUGCAGUGCCACCAAAGCAAAGAAGAGCGAGAGGCCAGGUUUGUAACGGGCGUGUCCGAGGUUGUCAAGAGGGGCGGAAAGUGUCUUCUCCCGGUGUUUGCCCUGGGAAGGGCGCAGGAGCUUCUCCUGAUCCUGGAUGAGUUCUGGGAGUCGCGCAAGGACCUGCAUGGGAUCCCGAUUUUGUAUGCGUCGGCGCUUGCCAAGCGUUUUAUGGCCGUGUACCAAACGUACCUAAACAUGAUGAACGACAGAAUACAGGAGAUGGCAGAAAUAAGCAACCCAUUCCACUUUAAGCACGUGCAAAGCAUAAAAAACAUAGAAGCGUACGAAGACAGAGGCCCGUGCGUUAUGAUGGCGUCUCCGGGUAUGCUGCAGAACGGGCUUUCGAGAGACCUGUUUGAAAUGUGGUGCGGAGACAAAAGAAACGGAUGCAUAAUACCAGGAUACUGCGUGGAAGGCACUCUGGCAAAAGACCUUCUCUGCGAGCCCGACGAAAUAACCUCGCUUAAGGGGAGCAGGCUUGUGGUUCGAUCGUCGAUAGACUAUGUUUCCUUCAGCGCGCACGUGGACUUUCUGCAGAACGCCGAGUUUAUUGAAGGCUGCAAAGCUGGAGAAAUCGUUCUUGUGCACGGGGAGGCUUCAGAAAUGAGCAGGCUGAAAAGCGCGCUGCUGCACCGAAGCGAGACCCGGGGCGAGAGCAUUGUAAUCCACACGCCACGAAACGGAGAGUCUGUGCAGGUCCAGGGGGCAGGGGAAAUAAGCGUGAAGUAUCUUGGGGUGGACGCCCCAGAGGAGUUCACCGGGUUUGUCCACGUUUCAGAGGACGGGAAGGUUUCUGUGGUAGAGAGAGAAAAGGCUUCGCGGAUAGGAAUAUCCGAGGUGAAGAUCAUUGAAAAGGUGCGCAUACAGGGGGCAUCAUUUGAUAUGCUCUUGGGAGUUGACGGGGUUGAAGGAAAGAUUUUGGAGAAAGAAGGGCGAAGAUACAUGAAGGUGCAGGGCGUGGAAAUAUUUGAGGAUGUAGAGGGCUCGGUGAUAGUCCAGUGGGAGAGCUCCUUUAAGGCGGAUGUCCAGGCAAACUGCAUAAUAAAGGGCGCAGAAGACGCACUGCACGGAAAGAGAGCUGUGCGCCCGGCAAAGGACAUAGAGGCGGGGAAAAAGGAGUGCAGCAAGGCCAAGGCCAAAAAAAAGGAGGAAAAAAGCAAAUGCUCUGUUCCCAAGCACUGCCUGCAAGCGGUCGCGCAAGUUCUGGCCAAUUAUUUUUCGUCAGAGCUAAAGGAGGACGGCCUCCACAUCCAGGACAGAGGGAGGACCGUGGUCCUCUCCAAGAACGGGCUUACAGGAGACGAGGCGCUUGCAGAGACGGUGCAAGAGGUGUUUGACUCGAUUGCUUGGGCUGUGAAGGACGAGAAGAGCGCGGAUGAAGCUUAA